ACCCUACUCAUCAUCCUCACUCAAACCCUCCCCAUUCUCCAAAACCCUAAUUUCCUAAACCCCCACCACCACCACGCCGCCAUGUCCGACAUGAAGAAAAAACCCAAAUCAAAAAUCGAGGAAGACGACCAAGACAAAACCCUCCAAACCACCGAUUACCUCAUCAAGCCCCAGUCUUUUACCCCAUCAAUUGACACUUCUCAAUGGCCCAUUCUCCUCAAGAACUACGAUCGUCUCAAUGUCCGUACAGGUCACUACACUCCACUCCCCUCAGGCUACUCACCACUCAAACGCCCCCUAGCUGAGUACAUUAGGUAUGGUGUGAUGAAUCUUGAUAAGCCUGCUAAUCCCUCUUCUCACGAGGUUGUUGCUUGGAUUAAGAGGAUUCUUCGUGUUGAGAAGACGGGGCAUUCGGGGACUCUGGACCCCAAGGUUACUGGGAAUUUGAUUGUUUGUAUUGAUAGAGCGACUAGGUUGGUGAAGUCACAACAGGGGGCUGGGAAAGAGUAUGUUUGUAUUGCUAGGUUGCAUUCUGGGGUGAGUGAUGCUGCGAAAGUGGCGAGGGCGUUGGAAAGUUUGACUGGGGCGGUGUUUCAGAGGCCUCCGUUGAUUUCGGCGGUUAAGAGGCAGUUGAGGAUUAGGACUAUUUAUGAGAGUAAGAUGCUUGAGUAUGAUGCGGAGAAGCAUUUGGUUGUGUUUUGGAUUUCGUGUGAGGCGGGGACUUAUGUGAGGACAAUGUGUGUUCAUUUGGGCUUGAUUUUGGGGGUCGGGGCGCAUAUGCAGGAGUUGAGGAGGGUGCGGUCGGGGAUUAUGGGGGAGAAGGAUAAUAUGGUGACGAUGCAUGAUGUGAUGGAUGCUCAAUGGGUGUUUGAUAAUUUUAGGGAUGAGAGUUAUUUGAGGCGGGUGAUUAUGCCGCUUGAGGUGCUUUUGACUAGUUAUAAGAGGUUGGUUGUCAAGGAUUCGGCGGUGAAUGCGAUUUGUUAUGGGGCUAAGUUGAUGAUUCCGGGGUUGUUGAGGUUUGAGAAUGAUGUUGAAGUUGGGGAGGAGGUUGUUUUGAUGACUACCAAGGGUGAGGCAAUUGCUUUGGGGAUUGCGGAGAUGACUACGGCUGUUAUGGCUACUUGUGAUCAUGGGGUUGUUGCGAAGAUUAAGAGGGUGGUGAUGGAUAGGGAUACUUAUCCUAGGAAAUGGGGGUUGGGACCUAAGGCUUCGAUGAAGAAGAAGUUGGUUGCUGAGGGGAAAUUGGAUAAGCAUGGGAAGCCGAAUGAGAAGACACCAGCUGAAUGGUUGAGGAAUGUUGUUCUUCCCACUGGUGGGGAUUCUAUUGUUGCUGGCCUAUCAGCUGUGACUGAACCUGUCAAGGCAGAGCCUAUCGAGGAGAGUGAUGUAAAGAAGAAGAAGAAGGAUAAGAGGAAGCUAGAGGACACUGAUUCCAGCCCUGCACCAGAAGUUUCCAAGAAAAUUAAAGUUGAGGAAGCUUUGGAGAGUGACAAGAAAGACAAGAAAAAGAAGAAGAAAAAGGGAGGUGAAGAGGAAGCUGCUGCUGUUUCGGAUGUGGAAACACCGAAAAAGGAAAAGAAAAAGAAGAGCAAGGAAACUGAUGAACCGGUGACUGAGGAGAAAUCUGAGAAGAAAAAGAAAAAGAAGAAGAGCAAAGAUGCUGAAAAUGGUGAUUCGCCCUCAGCUGCUGUUGGCAGUGGUGAUGAUGCUACCAAGAGCGAGAAGAAGAAAGAAAAGAAGAAAAAGAAGAAGAAAGAUGGGGCAGACGAGUAAAUGAAAAAUCAGCAUAUCAUGGUAAUACCAUAUAUCCUAUCCGUUUUUGUAUCAUCUCCAGGAAUUUGUAAUUGCUUAUGUGUUAGGUUUUUUCAUAGGUGCUUAAUUCCAAAAGACUUUGUUGAACUCAAGUGACAUGAGCUUAUGCUUAUUGCUCUUGAUUAGCACUGCGAUUGUCAUGUUUAUUUAUAAUGUUCCAGAGGCUUAUGUUUUCA